AUGAGAGCACGUUGGAAAGCAAGGUUUGGUUCCAACGUUUCAUUUGCAGAAGAACCGGAAGCUGACCUACCCGUAGAAGAGGUUUGCGAUUUUGAACGUUCUUGGGAUGACAGUUUGGAAGAAGCUGGAGCCAAAGUUUUUGCACACAAUUCAUCAGGGCUACAUGAGUCUUUGAGAAGUUGGGAACUUAUGUCAGAUAGAGACGAAGAUGCUUUGUCAAAGGGUUCCGAUUUCUUUGCUUUUGAGCCUCCGGUUUUGCCUGAACCAGGAGGGAACGUUCCAAGUGGUAUCACCAUCAUUGACAAGAGCGAGCCAGUAGUACAGGUAGCUGCCAAAUCAGUAGAACACAGAGCUUCUGCUGCACCCUCUGUAGCAGUUUCAGAGGCGAUGCGGCUUACAGACAAGAAGCAGCUGCGUUUCCCGUGGGAGAAAGGAAGACUUGCCAGACUUUUUGGGGAUCAAGGUAGACUUGAUGCCAAGCUUCCCAGGCUGAGCCCAGGAAUCAACAAUUUUGUCAGUGUGAACCUGGAGUUGGAUGCUGGACUUCGUUGCGAGGGGUCCCUAUCGGUGCAAACCAAGGUGUACAAUCCUGCCAUCUAUAUGGGCGUAGUGAAACAGAUGCCCGGUUGCUCAUAUGCUGAAGAACGCAGUUCAAGAAGAGAACACGCAGUGAAGCAGUGGUGGGACCUGUUGCGCUACAACCUACAAGCUAGCGAUCCAGGACGCACAGCUUCAGCUGAACAUGGCCUGGUUGACAUCUACAGAUACGGGGUCGAAAUUUUAGACGCCUGUUUUGCACUGAAAUCACCAAACACGCUGCUCAAGCGUCUUUAUGCAGUGAAACUUUUCAAUCAGUGGCUCAUGAGAGAGUUUGGAUCUACGUGGAUGCCCUUCAAGGAAAGCCUGGUCUGGACUUACUUGCGUCACCUGAAGGAGUCCGGUGCUGCAGCUUCAAGGGCCACCAGUCUGUUGGAGGCGGUUAGGUUCAGUCACUUCACCAUGCGUGUUGAUGGAGCGCUGGAGGUGAUGGAGAGCCUCAGAAUAAGGGGGCUGGCCUCCCAGUUGUACAUCAGCAAGAGGCCCUGGCGCCCCUCUGACGUGUUCACGGUGGCCGAAGUGGAAUUCCUUCAUGAGUGCUUUGUGGAUCCGAAACGGAGUGACAUAGAUCGUGUCAUCGUGGGUCACAUGCUUCACCUCUUGUACGCACGAGCAAGACAUUCAGAUCUUCUAUCUGUCACAAAUGCCUUUUUGGACGAGGAUGGAGCCUUCUUGGAAGUUGGGGCCACGAUUCACAAGGGAGCAAGGAACAUGGACACCAAAGCGAAACUUUUGCCAGUAGUGGCUGCGGCGACUGGAAUCAGAGGAGGUAACUGGGCAAGAGAUUACCUUCAACUCAGAGAGCGCCUUGGGUUGGAGCUGCCAGUGGACUGCCCAUUGCCAAUGAUGCCUGCACCUGGCCGCAUUUCUGGCACAUGGUGCGAGAGGUAUUUGACCUCACAGGAGCUCAACAAGUUUAUCAAAGGGCUCUUUGAAAGCUCAGGGAAGGUGGUGGGCAACAGAAAGCUCACUACGCACUCCUUCAAAGCUACGAGUUUGUCGUGGUGCGCCAAACAUGGUGUUUCGGGUGAACAUCGAGAGAUUUUAGCUCGACACUCGAGCGCAAUUCAAGGGGCUACAGCUUUGUAUUCGCGGGACAUUAUUUCGGCCGCAAUGCGGAGCUUUGUGGAAGUCCUCUCAGCAAUUAGGUCCAUGCUCUUCCACCCUGACAGUACAAGGUCGGGUAUGGUGACUCCAGCCCCAGCGACACCGGCACCUGCAACACCUGCUAUGCCCAUUGGGGCUUGUGACAAGAGUUUUGCGAGCUCAUGCAAGGACGUGGAAGCCCACCAGCAUUUCCUUGCGCCGGCGUUGGAGUACUCACCAGGGACACCCUUGGAGGAGACGUCAGUGAAGCUGGAGAUCGCAUGGCCUGAAGGUGAUUUGGGCACGGGUGUCAUUGAUCUGGAAGAACAGGAGAUUUUGACGAGGCCAUGGAGCAGCGACUCAGAGGAUGAGACAGGCAGCUCGGACUCAGAAUCGAGCGACGAUGUUGCCUCUGGAGAAGCUGAUGCUCCUCGUGUUGUUGAUCGCGAGACCGUGCCCAGUUCAGUGAAAUGGUUUAUCAAUGCGAAGACGCUGGUAAUCCAUCACAGGAGAGACAACAAGAGCUUCCGUUGUGGAAGAUUGCUGAGUGACACUUACUUUCCUGCUGCGCUCUUGGAAAAAGUUGGUUUAAUGGAUAGCGAGGCGCAUUUCUCAGCCAGGGCAGCUGACUAUGGAGUUCCAGCUGAGUUCAUGAGAAACCUGGCUAGAAAUGGAAUCACAACGCUGGGGCACCUAGCCUUUGCAGUCUUCAGGCCUGGAGCAGAGUUUGAAGAGGCAGCCUUUGACAGAUGGGUGACUGAAGCCAACGGAGGUGUAGCAUUGGCUAUGGGGCCAGCAGCUGCCAUUAGGAGACUGCACUUUGAAGCGGAGAUUGUCAUUACUUCCUCUGUUAGGUCUUCAGUGGAGUCAACUGACGCGGUGCCCAAACCUGUGCCAAUCGCCGAGAAGAACGCGAGGAUGGAUCAAAUCAGGGCCAGACUACAGGGCCUCAACAUUCAUGGAGCAGGUGAACCGUCGCAUACUUUGCUUGACGAAUGCUGCGCUCAGUUUGAAUCAAGAACACUCAGGUACAUAGAACCAGCAAAGUGCACAAGCCGUGAGAAUGAGAUUUCUGCAGGCAAGAGUGACAAGAAGUUGCGUUUGGAUGCUGGGAGCCUGACAGUCAAGGAAUCAAAGACGGUCCCUGACGAAGCCAUCUCUACAACCUUCCACCUCUCCAUGUGCCUGCGUAGGAGAGGAUUAGCGUAUGAAUUCAGCAACCUCAUUUCUUUUAGAGCGCAUGAACUAUAUGUGGAGCGAUUGAUGAAGCACCUCACAUCGGAGGCUCCCAUUGGUUUUCAGAGUACAACUUUGGCACAGGUCAUGCGUGCAGAUCGUGAGGUUUUCUCUUACCUUGCACACAACGUGGCAGACAUCCGCCCUGGCGCAAACCUUGUGCGUCCCCUUGACGCUGCUUUGGAAGACGCUCUCAGAGAUUACAACACAGCAUUCCAUUUGGUGCCACUACCAAAGCAUGUCGCUAAGGAGGACACCACCUUUGGGCCAAAGAAGACUUUCCCUGAGCAUUCAUCUGGUUCAGGUCCGUAUCAAAAGGGAAAGGGGAAGCACAAAGGAGGUAAGAACAAGUCCUCAGGUUCAAAUGCUGCACCCAAAGGGUAUGCGGGUUGCGUGGGCCGUGAUGCAAAGAACAGGCCCAUAUGUUUUGACUUCAACCUCGGCAGUUACACGAAAGCACCGGUGGGUGUGAGUGCAGCCUUCAAGAAGCUGGGCUUUGACAUCAUAGCGGUGGACAAGUUUUUGCCAAAGUCACCCAAGGUGAUGAUUACUAAAUUAGAUUUGACUCAGGCCUGCAACCAGCAGUUGGUCUUCGAUUGGAUUUCCUUGCCACAAGUUCACGGCGUGUUUCUUGCGCCUCCGUGCGGCACUGCUAGCCUUGCACGAAACAUACAAGAUCCGGCGGAACCUGACCUUCCUCAGCCGCUUCGAUCCUGGGAGAAGCCAGAUGGGCUGCCCGAUUUGACUGAAUUGGAUUUCUUGCGUGUCAGCCAAGCCAAUAUUUUGUAUGAUUUCACAGCAGCAUGUCAAGACCUUUGCACAAAGCUUGGUAAAUUCUGCGUAUGCGAGAACCCUCGUGAUUCUCUUUUCUGGCAAACAACACCCUGGAUAGACAGACAGCACACCACGCAGGAUGUGGAGCAAUGUCAUCAAGCUUGUGCUUACGGUUCAAAGAGACCCAAAUGGACCAAACUUCUGGGCAAUUUUCCAGAAAUAGCUGCAGUGAAUUUGGUAUGCCCCGGUGAUCAUUUCCAUGAACCAUGGGGCAGAAGACGAUUGGAAAAUCGCAGAGUCUUUGCAACAGCGCUAGAAGUCCACUAUCCUACAAAUUUGUGUGAUGCAAUUGCCUCUGCCUUUGCGGCAGCUUUUCGACGGAAGGGUUUGCAGCCCCACUUUGGGGUUAAUUCCAAUCUGGCGGCUCGUGCAUUUGCCGACAAUCAGCCACCAUCCAAUAAGGUCGCAACCUUUCUGCCUGAUUUCAAAGCAAAAUUUAUCAGAAUUUUACAUGACAAUGUGCAAAUUUGGCCAAUUUCUGCGCUGGAUAUUUCUUCAGCAAAACUGCUGCAUACUGCUAAGCUGGGGGGUGACGACAUGCAGCAGUUGACAUUGGCUUUGCAAACGCAAUGCAUUCAAUGGCAGUUCGAUGUGGCUUUCUCCAACUUUGAUUGCUUGAUUUUUCCUUGUUUUGUUGAGCUGCAAUUGUUUGGACUUUUGUGGAGCGAAGAGGAGUUUGUGCGCAAGGCUUUGGAGGCGAAGCACCCUCUCUCUGUCGAGGAUGUGUGGGCGAAGCAGCUGGUGUCUGCUGAGACCGCUCUGAAGAAUUCCAUGGACCCAGUGGUAGCCAAGGCUGUUGCAGCAAAGCGCAUUUUGCUUUUUGAAGAGAUGUUGGUUGAAACGAAGUUUCCUGACUUGUCAGUUGUAGACGAGCUCAAAAAUGGGGCAGAUCUGGUAGGCGAAGUUGCUUCAACUGGUAUGCUGCCGGGAAAGUUGGUGCCGGCCCUUUCAACAGUGGACGAGCUCUCCUGCAGCUCGAGACGGAUCAGGAGCAAAGUUGAGAAUGAUAGACAAGGUUCAGGCGACAAAGAUGUGGACAAUCAAGUUUGGGAGAAAACGAUGGAAGAAGUUGCCAAGGGUUGGCUCAUUGGGCCGCUGACAAGUGAAGAAGUACCCGAUGGGCAGCCUAUCUCCAGACGAUUCGGGCUUCUGCAGAAGAAAGGAAAAUUGAGGUUAAUUGAUGACUACUCUGAGUCAGGAGUUAACUCCUGCGUGACUGCAGUGGAAGCUCCUGUUUUGCACACGGUGGAUAUUGCAUGUGCGGUUUUGGUGCUUUGGUUUAAUGCAUGUGUGGCGGCAAAGGUAUCGCCGGAGCUAUUGGCAAGGACAUUUGAUUUGAAGAGCGCGUACAGACAGGUUGGCCUGAGUCCGGAUGGCCGAAACUUCUCUUGCUUGAGGGUAUUUGACCCUUCGGUUGGCAAAGUGCGGCUGUUUCGCAGUGUAGUGCUUCCUUUUGGCGCAGUCAGGAGUGUGCACUCUUUCCUUAGGCUCUCACGAGCCAUAUGGUGGAUAGGCACUGUGGGGUGCCAAUUCAUGUGGACUUCAUUUUAUGAUGAUUUUAUCAGUUUCAGCAAACCCCGGCUUGCAAAUAACACCGAGAUGGCAGUCUGCUCACUCUUCAAAUUGUUGGGCUGGGCAUUUGCAGAGUCAGGGGACAAAUGCAUGCCUUUCGCGCAGACGUGUGAGGCCUUAGGUGUUGCAUUCCGGCUUGACAGUUCAAUCUAUGCUACAGCGUUUGUUUGCAACACAGUCAACAGAGUAGAGGAAUUGUGUGCGGAUCUGACCUUGGUGCUGGAAGCAGGAUCUCUUAGUAGCAAGAACGCCCAACGCUUGCGUGGCCGCAUGCAGUUUGCGGAUGGCCAGCUUUUUGGACGUACAGGCAAGAGAUGCCUGAAAGCUCUUGGCGAUUUCGCAGAAGGGCGACGAUUUCAAUUGUUGCCAAAAGACCGACUGUUCAUCAACCUCUUUGCGACCCUCCUGAAGCAGAACAUCCCCCGAGAGAUCAGGUCUUUGGAUGACCAUAACAUGGUCAUAUUCACGGAUGCUUGCUACGAGAGAGACAGUGCUACAUGGCCUUGCGGGGUUGGCGGCGUUUUCUUCUUUCAAACAGAGGUUCAGUUCUUUUCUUUGCAGUUAGAUUCCAGAGCCAGAGAGGCGUUGGGUGAGCUGUGCAAGAAGCAAAUCAUAUUUGAAGCAGAAACGCUGGCUGCAGUGAUUGCCUUCCAACUUUGGUCGCGACGGUUUGAGAAUAGAAGGUGUGUCCUGUUUGUUGACAACGAAGGAACAAAGUUCUCCCUACUUCGUGGUGUUUCAGAAAACAAAGUUGUAGACUCCCUUGCGGAGAACUUCGUAGAGCUGGAGUCAAAGUUGCAUGCAUUCAUAUGGCAUGCCCGAGUACCUUCACAUUGCAAUGUCGCUGAUGACACUGAGGACACCUUCAAUGGUUUUCUUCAGGUGAACAUGGAGACGCAUGCUGAAAUUGUCCAUGCGACGUCGCACGGAGAUGUCCCCAAAAUGUGGCCAUUGCUGGAGAUCAAAAUAGACCCCAAGCGCCAGGUUUCAUAUCAACCCGAAACGGUGACUCCGUUGUUGCAUUUUUUCAGCCAGUUCAGCAAAGCAGUUGUGAUGGUGCUGUAUUUCUUCCUAUUGAUGUCGGUCAUUGUGUGGCUCCUGCGCGGUUUGCCAACGAAAGCACCACAGGAUGAAAGUGUGAAGGAUGGCUGUCCCACGACGUGGUUGCUCUUUCUAUGUUCAACCUAUGGUUUCAUUUUUUUUACCACGGAUCAGUAUGCACCAAGUCUUCCGCAGAUGGGUGUGGAUCUUUCAGGGUCUCAAGGCGUCAUGAGUGCGACCGUGCAGUUGAACUUCGUGGUGAAAUCAGUCACUGGUCUGGUCACAGCUGGCAUCUCUGAUCAUGUAGGCCGUCGACCCGUGAUGGUCACAUGUUUGUCCAUGUUGGCCUUUGCCACCUUCGCCUGUGGAUGUGCUCCCAACAUCAACUGGUUCCUGGCGUCGCGGUUCCUGCAGGGCCUGGGUGAGUCGCUGGAACCAGUGAUCUAUGCUGCCUGUCGAGACUAUUUCUCGAAACCUGAGGAGCGCAUCGUGGUCAUCUCCUGUGUACAAAUCAUUGCCAUCGCAGGGCAGAUUGUGGCUCCGAUUUUUGGCGGCUUUUCCAGCGUGUUGUUUAAUUGGCGCUUUUCCUUUUUCUGCUUGGCCCUCAUCUGGGGAGCUUUUGCCGCUUACGCGGCAAUAUACAUGGUAGAGAGCUGCCCCGACAAUGGUGACGCUGAGAAGCAGGGCACUUUUCGCAGCGAUCUUCGGAGAAUCCUUGUGCCAGGUUCCCUCUGCAUUUUGCUCGCGGAAAUGUCCGUCAUUGUUCCAUUUGAAGUCUUCAGCGCCAACAUCGGCUACGUUUCGCAGGUGAGUUAUGGUCAAUCCUCCGUCGGCACUGCCGUGAUUCUGCUGGUCUGGGCAGUUUUAGAUGCCCUGGGCGUGAUUCUGAUGCAAUCCUUACAAUCCGCCUGCGCCUUAUCCAUCCUCCAAACAGGUCGCUGGGUGAUAGUUGCUGUUGCGUUCACAGGUGCCCUUUCCAUGGUUCUUGGGAACUUUGCCGAGUACCUCUGGUCCUACACUAUCGCAUGUUCCUUUCAAUCGCUGUUUCUUGCAGCUGCUUUGGUCCCUAUGAACGUCUUGUACUUUGAGCCCUUAGAAGAUUGCGCCGGGCUGGCUGCCUCUAUUGAAAUUCUGUUCAAAUAUGUGCCACCCUGUCUCUACUCCAUGAUCUGCACGCAAUCUUUGAUCCAUUCAGGGGUCCAAAGCUACAUGAAUCUGCAGUCGGUGAGCUACCUGGCAUGUCCGCUCUUCUAUCUUGGCUAUGAAGCCUUCCGGCUGCAACCCAUGGCAACCAGUGAGGCAAUUGCUGGCAAGGAUCCGGACAAAGAGCUCGUUUUAACUGGAUGA